AUGGUCGGAUCUCUAUGGAGCUACAUCGGCCUUGGUGGCUCUCCCGCCCCUCCACCAGAAAAACAAACCGUACGAGCUCUCCCUGGAAACUGGUAUACCUCAGAAGAGAUGUAUCAGCUUGAGAGGCGCGCAAUCUUCUCCCGCCGGUGGCUGCUCAUUACACACAAGUCGAGAUUUCCCAACUCUGGUGACUAUCUUCGCUACAACAUUGCCAACUACGAUGUUAUCAUCUCCAAAGACAGGACGGGUGAGAUUCAUGCUUUCCACAAUGUAUGUCGACACCGCGCCUACCCGGUCGUCGAGACCGAAGGAGGCAAUGCAAAGAUCUUCUCUUGCCGAUACCACGGCUGGUCAUAUGGCCUGAACGGAAAAUUGGCGAAGGCCCCAGGCUACCAAGACUUUCCAACAUUUGAUAAGGCUAAGAACGGUCUCUUCCCAAUCCACACUCGGAUUGAUAGGAACGGCUUCAUAUGGAUCAACAUGGAUUCCAAAAAGGAGCCUGAGGUGUCAUGGGAGUCGCAAUUCGACACCGUUGAUGAGCAAACACGAUUCGACCAAUUCGACUUUGACGAUUACGAGUUUGACCAUACCUGGAACUUGGACGGUCCCUUCAACUGGAAGAUUCUUGCGGAUAAUUUUAACGAGUGCUACCACUGCAAGACAACCCAUCCCGAUCUUACAACUGGCCUACUCGACCUCGAAUCGUAUGACGUGCACUGCUCGGCUGAUCACAUCCAGCAUGAGCCUGGCACGCCCGAAGACUUCAAGGCACGUGGCAUGGAGAUAUGUUCGACAUAUUGUUUCCCCAACGUCUCCUUCACCGUCACAAAACACUUCUUAUUCAUGCAAAAGUUUAUGCCCAAGUCGACGACCGAGUCUGUCAUGUACUACGAGGUGUGGCGUAAUAAGAACUCGUCUGAGGAGGACUUCUCGCUCAUCAGCGACACGUACAAGCGAGUUAUGGCUGAGGACAAGGUGUUGUGUGAGCGUGCGCAGAAGAACAUCGAGGCUGGCGUCUUCGUGAAUGGCGAGCUGCACCCUCGUAUGGAGAAGGGCCCAGUAUUCUUCCAGAAGCGCUGCCGCGAGAUCGUCUUGGAGCACGGUAUGCGCGAGAAGCGUGAGGGGAAGAAGAUCUGGCCUGCGAAACAGCAGCUGGAAACUACAGGCGACUCUGUCGUCAGUGGCGAAUUGCAAGAUUUCUGUGAGGGUCUAGCUUGUGGCAAUGAUAACGAGAAGAGCGAACUGGCUUGGUAG